UCCGAGGCCGUGGGCACCGGCUCUCAUUCGCCUGCCCGCGGCCGCCGGUGCCCGGGUGGUCCGACCGCUGAACUCGCCUAGGUUGCCUCUCCAGCCCCCGCCCGUCAUGAGAAGCGCGCUCCCCUUGCUCCUUUUCUCCCUGGUUGCCCUUUGCGGGCGAGGGGACUGCCGCGUGGCCAACGCGGAGGAGAAGCUCAUGGAUGACCUCCUGAACAAAACCCGCUACAACAACCUGAUCCGCCCAGCCACCAGUUCCUCAGAGCUCAUCUCCAUCCAGCUGCAGCUCUCCCUGGCCCAGCUCAUCAGUGUGAAUGAGCGAGAACAGAUCAUGACCACCAACGUCUGGCUGAAACAGGAAUGGACAGACUACCGCCUGGCCUGGAACAGCUCCCGCUAUGAGGGUGUGAACAUCCUGAGGAUUCCCGCAAAGCGCAUCUGGCUGCCUGACAUCGUGCUUUACAACAAGUUAAGUGGCAGGGUUGGCCAAGGUGGUGAGGGCCAGGCCUCCAGUCCUGUGCUUCACCCAGACUUCCAAGCUGUCAGGCUGCAGGAGGAAUUAGAGAUGAGCAGAGCCAGCACCCUCAGUUACAGAUGGGGAAUUGGAGGCCAGAGAUGGGGAGGGCCUUGUGACUCACUCAGGCACAGCUGGGACCAGGGCCACCAUCCUGACCCCAAGUCCAGUGCUCUUUCUGUCCUCCAUACUGUCCUCUUUCUGACCUUCGGUUGCUUUGUCAGUGUUGGGUGUUGGUAG